AUGAGCUUUGGAUUUAGCGUCGGCGACUUCAUAACCGCAAUCGAGCUUGCGAACAAGAUCCGGAAGGAAUUCGUGGAUGCGCCGAGUCAAUUCAAGGCUGUCUCAGAUGAGAUCCGAGGUCUAUCGAUCGUCCUUCAAGAUGCCGACGUUGCCUUUCCAAAACAAGAGCUUAACACUGACCAGAAGAGAGACUUGGAAGUCAUUGACAAGGGUUGCCAAAAUGUUCUCGACGAGCUCCAACGAAUACUAGACAAAUAUAGCGAACUUGGUUCUGAAUAUGCGAGUGUUGGCAAGAGAAUCAAAAGAGUGUGGAAGAGGCUCAACUGGAAGCUGGAAGACAUCGACGAGCUUCGGAGUCGUAUUAGUACAAACAUUGGUUUCUUAGACGCGUUCAACGGACGACUUACUCGAGAUAAUGUGGUCAAGUUAGUGCGACAUCAGGAAGAUCAAGGACGUCAAACAGUGCUCGACUGGCUCGCCCCAGUUGACUAUGCCGCCCAACAGAGCGACUUCAUUAGUCGACGGGCGGUAGGUACUGGUCAGUGGCUUUUGGAAUCGGCAGAGUUCCAGGCAUGGGUAAAGACCGACCAGCAGGUAUUGUUCUGUCCAGGAAUUCCUGGAGCGGGAAAGACGAUUCUCACCUCAAUUGUUGUCGACUGUCUACACGCUAAAUUUCCGAAAGACACGAAUAUUGGCAUCGCAUAUCUAUACUGCAACUUCCGUCGACAAGACAAGCAGAAGGCCGAUGGACUUGUCGCAAGUUUGCUGAAGCAGCUAGCUCAAGGCCUAUAUCCUCUACCACAGAGUGUGAAAUCUCUUUAUGACAGCCAUAAGGAGAAGCGGACGCGGCCGACAUUCAAUGAAAUAUCAAGUGCUCUCUAG